CUUUUUCGGAAGCGCCCGCUCUACUCGUGAGGAAAGAGAGAGAGAGAGAGAGAGAGAGAGAGAGAGAGAGAGAGAGAAGACGAACGAGGGACCGAGAGGAGAAGAAGAAUAAGAGCCCAGGAUUUCCCGCCGUUUCUCCCUCCCCAUCUCCUACGCCUUUCCAACUGCGACGAGAGGUCCUGCGAAUGUUUACAUAGGGUUUCAUCCUUGGUUUGCGUGGGGGUCUUGGUGAUCGGUGCUGGGAGUUUCGGCUGUGGAUAAGGGUCCUAUUGGAAGGUUUCGAUUUCAUCUAGGAUUAUACUUUUAUCGGGAAGGUUCUUGCUGGUCUUAUUGUGUUCAUAACUGUCUGUUGGGAUUCAGAAUUUUAUUGCCUGUUGAUCCACGUAUACUCCACGAAAUCGACUCUGGACCCUGUCCAGUUGAGAGGCUUAAUUUUUGGUCUAGCAUUUUUACGUGUGAUCUUCUGUUUGCUUCGUUGGAUAUGGCUGCAACUGCAUCUGCUUCCAGUGGUCCACGUUAUGCACCCGAGGAUCCCACACUACCCAAACCAUGGAAAGGUUUGGUCGAUGGGAGUACAGGAUAUCUUUACUUUUGGAAUCCAGAGACCAAUGUUACUCAGUAUGAGAGGCCUGUUGCCUCCUCGCCCAUGCCACAGAAACCUUCUUCUCUGCCUAUAAGUUCAUCUGUUCAAAUUCAACCAUCCUUUCAAGGACAACAUCAUAAUGGUGGCAGUAAAGAAGAUGGCCGUUAUAAUGGGAGCACCAAUUCUGCAAGUUCUGGAGCAAAGAAUUACCAGAGUGCAAGAGGUGGGAGUUCUCAUUCCCAUAAUAUCUCUAAUGGGUCUGGUACAUACAACCAUGGGCAUGGACAACCUUCAAGGCCGUCUACCAGAGGACAUGGAUCUUCAGACAUGGGAAGUGGUUUAUCUGCAGAGUCCUAUCGCCAUCAACAUGAAAUAACUGUUUCCGGAGAUGAUAUACCUACACCCUUCACAACAUUCGAAUCUACUGGUUUUCCCUCAGAGAUUCUUAGAGAGGUACAUCAUGCAGGGUUCUCUGCUCCGACACCAAUCCAAGCUCAGACAUGGCCAAUUGCUCUACAAGGUCGUGAUAUUGUGGCCAUUGCAAAGACAGGGUCGGGGAAGACCUUGGGUUACCUAAUGCCGGGGUUUGUUCAUCUGAAACGUUGCCGUAAUAAUUCACAAAUGGGUCCAACUGUACUGGUACUUGCUCCAACAAGGGAAUUGGCAACCCAAAUACAAGAUGAAGCUGUGAAGUUUGGCAGAUCAUCAAGGAUUUCUUGCACGUGUUUGUAUGGUGGAGCCCCAAAAGGUCCUCAGCUGAGAGAUCUGGACCGGGGAGCAGAUAUUGUGGUUGCCACUCCUGGCCGGUUAAAUGAUAUUUUGGAGAUGAGAAGAAUUAGCCUCCGCCAAGUUUCAUACCUUGUGCUUGAUGAGGCAGACCGCAUGUUGGACAUGGGUUUUGAACCUCAGAUCCGGAAGAUUGUGAAAGAAGUGCCUGCUCGCCGUCAGACCCUCAUGUACACAGCAACAUGGCCCAAGGAGGUCCGCAAAAUUGCAGCCGAUUUACUUGUUAAUCCAGUUCAGGUUAAUAUUGGCAGCAUAGAUGAGCUUGUUGCCAACAAAGCUAUUACCCAGUAUGUUGAAGUGGUGACACCAAUGGAGAAACAGAGACGAUUGGAACAGAUAUUACGAUCUCAAGAACCUGGCUCUAAAGUUAUAAUCUUUUGCUCCACCAAGAAGAUGUGUGACCAGUUGGCUCGCACCAUUACCCGCCAGUUUGGUGCAGCAGCUAUUCAUGGUGACAAAUCACAGGGUGAAAGGGAUUAUGUGUUGAACCAGUUCCGCACUGGGAGAUCUCCAAUACUAGUAGCAACUGAUGUUGCGGCUAGAGGACUGGAUAUCAAAGACAUCAGGGUGGUCAUCAAUUAUGAUUUUCCCACCGGCAUUGAAGAUUAUGUUCAUAGGAUUGGGAGGACUGGAAGGGCAGGAGCCACCGGUGUUGCUUAUACAUUUUUCUGUGACCAAGAUGCAAAGUAUGCAUCUGAUCUUGUAAGGGUUUUAGAAGGUGCUAACCAACGCGUUCCACCUGAAAUCCGAGACAUGGCUGCACGUGGUGGUGGGAUGGGCAGAACUCGACGCCAGUGGGGUUCUGGAUCUGGUGGGCGUGAUGGCGGGCGUGGACGGAACAAUGAACCCAAUUAUGGUGGAAGGGGUGGGCGAGGUGGCCCUCCACUAUCAUCAGGUAGGCUAGAGAGAGGUCAAGGGGGUCGUGGAUCUGAUCGUGAGCCUCGUGACAGGGAUAGGCACGAUCGGGUUUACAAUGAUGGCCAUGAUGUGGAGAAUCGUGAAAGGUAUGAUAGGGGGGGCUACACUACAAAUAAUUUGGAUCACCGUGCUGUGGAUCGGGGUAGAAUCCGCAGCCGCAGCCACAGCCGAAGCCCCAACAAGGUGCCUGGAUGGGGCCGUAGCCAUAGCCAUAGCCCUAGCCGUAGUCCCAACAAGGUGCCUGGAUGGGGUCGUAGCCGUAGUCGUAGCCCUAGCCGAAGCCCCAACAAGGUGCCUGGAUGGGGCCAUGGUCGUAGCAAUAGCAAGAGCCACAGCCAUAGUCGAAGCCGUAGCCGUAGCCGUAGCCAUAGCCUUGACAGGUUUGGUCGGCCCCUGCCUGGAAGAGGACAUUCUCCGGUACAUAGAAGAGAGACUUCACCAAAUGUUCAUAGGUCAAUGGGCCGUUCACCAGCAUAUCAGAAGCGGCAAAGGGGAUCACCAUACCAUGGUGAAAGUGAGAGAGAUGCCGGGAAACCUGUCCACUCCCAGAGUCCACAGCGUGAAAGGUCACACAGCUCGUCUGAUGGGAGAGCGAAUGAGAAGGAAACUUAUGAUUCGCCUCAUCAGUGGGGAAGAUCACCAGCUCAUGGACGGGAAAAUGGAGGGUUUACCAAUGUGAGUGGCUCACCUUAUCGGGGGGAUGAAGAGGAAGGCAUGAUAUCACCGGAGGAAGAGGGCAUAAUUCCAGCUGAUGAAGAAGGAAUGAUUCCGGAGGACGAGGGGGAUGUAGGAAGGACUGAAGAACCUGAUUCACUUGGCAAAUAUUGAUGAUGUGCAUGCGAAUGCGAUGAAAAUGUCUUCUCGCGCUCUGGGCACUUCUUUUUUGAUUUUUUUUAGGAUUCUUUUUGAUAAUUUUGUGGUGAUUUUGGGAAUUGUUGUAGUAGCUAAAAAUUGGCCAAGUGUAACUGUAUUACUACUCUACUCUACCAUAAAGGAAUGGACAAACAGGCAUAGGGCAAAGCUGAUAGAUAUGUUCUUAUAAUCACAGUUACUACUAGAAACGGGCGGAAAUAUAAUUCUUGCAUGUUUCCAUUCCUA